GAGAGGAAAAAAGGAGAAAGGGAAAAGCGACCCAAAAGUAAAGCAACUUAAAUUCGGUCGCGGAAACGCCAAAACGGGUCGUUCGAGAGUCACAUGCAUAUUUUUAAAAAAGCUAACAGAACGGAAAGCCUCAUUUCAGUCGUUUUUUCUCCCUGUCGUCGCUGUGGGAGCCUAUGAGAAGACGCGCAUUGCGUGAUGUUUAUAUCGCCUCUCGUGCUAGGCGGCUAUGCUAACGCGGCUAGCUGAGCCCUCCGCCGGGAGCCACUAUGAAGGCUGAUCCUGCUAGCUAGCUAACGUUAGCAAAGGCGGUGUUUAGCUAGCUCGCUGUUCCCAACGUUCAUUGAGCACAUUGAAAUUCUUCGGGCGCCACGCUAGCAGGAGGAAAAGAACUGGAGGAAGGAGCUAUAAACAUCUGACUCGACCUGACAUCACCGUUUACAAUUGAAGGUAAUAGCAGUACAGAUUUUUGCAUGAAAAGCUGUUGGUAACUUAAUGAAAGGGCACUUUGGAUAGGACCUUUCAACCACCAUAAUAGACGCAUACCUUUUCCCUCAUUUAAGGAGGGACUCUCAGAAUGAAGAAGAUAAGCCUUAAAACGAUCAGAAAGUCAUUCAAUAUAAAUAAGGGUAAGGAGGAAGGUGAAUUUGUGGUUGUCCAGCCAGCAUUGGGAGCUGAUUUUUCAAAAGAAGAUUCUGUUUUUGCUAGCUGUGACCUUAAUGCUGAAGAGGAAAAAGGGCACAAGAACCGGUCCAAGAGUGAGAGCCUCAUGGGCACUUUGAAACGGAGACUGUCAGCAAAACAGAAAUCGAAAGUCAAAGGAAGCUCACCCUCACUUGGAUCAGUGGAUGAUGAUACAUUUUCUUCCAGUUCUGCUCCUAUAAGCUUUAAUGAAGUGAAAGCCCAGCGUCCCCUAAGAUCAACAUCCCUCUGUAGCCACCAUUACAGUCCUGCUCCGUGGCCUCUGCGGCCCGCUAACUCUGAGGAAACAUGCAUCAAAAUGGAAAUGAAAGUGAAAGCCCUAGUUCAUUCGCCUAGUCCCAGCCCAGCCCUUAAUGGUGUUCGAAAGGAGUUCCAUGACCUUCAGAUGGAUGGGCUUUUUCAAACCACAAGUAAUUCUCUGAAAAACCCUGAGCCCCAGAGCGAUGACUUGCAUCUAAGCAUUGAAGAUGUGCCUGUAGUCAUUGGACUUGCGCCUCAGGACUAUAUCCAGUACACAAUGCCUUUAGAUGAGGGAAUGUAUCCGGUUGAUGGAUCGCACUCGUACUGCUUGGAUAGCUCCUCACCCAUGGAAGUGGUACCACAGGUCGAAAGGGGCUCUCCCCAGGUGGAGGAGAGGCAGAUUGACAGUGAUCUAGUUAUGUCGCCGGACAUCUUCAUGGAACCCUCUCUGAAUGGGCUCCUGAUUGGCACCACAGGCGUAGUGCUUCAGAGUUCCAGAGUAGGUGCCCCGCCUCUUUCACCGCUGCUACCUCCACUUCCUGGCACUCAAAUUCAGAGGAACUUCAGGAGAUUGAGUAGUGCUGAUGCUCAUGUUGCGGAGAGGGUCAGGCACCAUCUAAAUUUUGACCCUAACUCUGCUCCGGGAGUUGGCAGGGUGUACGAUUCUGUUCAGAACAGUGGACCUAUGGUUGUAACAAGUCUCACAGAAGAGCUCAAGAAAUUGGCUAAGCAAGGUUGGUACUGGGGUCCUAUAACACGCUGGGAAGCUGAGGAAAAACUGGUCAACUUACCAGAUGGUUCUUUCCUGGUGCGUGACAGCUCUGACGAUCGAUACCUUUUGAGUCUGAGCUUUCGGUCCCAAGGUAAGACGCUCCAUACAAGGAUCGAACACUCGAAUGGCAGGUUUAGUUUCUAUGAACAACCAGAUGUUGAAGGUCAUAUCUCUAUAGUUGACCUCAUUGAGCAUUCUAUAAAAGAUUCUGAGAACGGAGCGUUUUGCUACUCUAGGUCUCGCUUGCCAGGGUCAGCAACAUAUCCUGUCAGACUGACAAACCCUGUUUCACGAUUUAUGCAAGUGCGGUCACUACAGUACCUGUGCCGGUUUGUUAUUCGCCAGUACACACGAAUAGAUCUUAUUCAGAAACUGCCUUUGCCAAACAGAAUGAAAGAUUACUUGCAGGAAAAGCACUACUGAAAUGCUUACAUGGGACAUACUUGCAACUUGCACUUUUGGGUUCAGUAAUAAAAUUAAACAUGGUUUACAAACAUUUCAUGGGUUUAAAAAAAUGUUUGGUGCCAUUAAAACUUUGUGUCAAGACGACUGUUGUGUGCCGUACAGACAGCAGCGUGUAGUCCUUUUAGCUUGAACAGUUUAAUUUGUUGUUGCUCAGAUUUUUUUUUAUUAAUCAGAUGGAAAGAAUACUGCCUAUAUUGUUUAAAGAACUGAUGAGGAAAUAAGACCAGUUGAAAUGAAAAGCCAUAAUCAGUUAGUUGUGCUUAUAUUUUUUGUAUUUUGCAAUCAAAUUAGAUAAAUGACACAUUUCAGUUCCCAACCUUGCCCAGAUAAUUCACAAAUUCUGAAAUCAAUUCUUACCUAUAUGUGUGGUUCAUAAUUCAAGGUGGAGUUUCUGGUAUUGAGAACAUCAUUUCAAACAUAAAUAUUCAACCAGGUUUUGUAAUGUAAGGGUCCCUGGUAUAGGAAUGCAUUUCUACACUUCCAUGUUCAAGUUAAACAUUAGACUCUCCAUUAUGUUUGAAUUUGUUUCUGUAGAAAUUGCAAAAUUGAGAAAUAAGCGAAACCAAAACCUUUUUCAUUUGAAGAGCAGGUGCUAUAUGCAGAACUGAUUUAAAUUAUUUAGUUAUCUGGGUAUAUUAAACACACUUGAAAUAGUUCCUUGAAUUAACAUCAUCUUUGUUAUCAAACAUGGGUAGAAGCACCUGUUUGUGUUCUUUAAGUUGAACACAUCCUUGUAGAUUUCUUCUUUGAGUAGCAUAUUGUAAUGAAUUUGGUGACUAUUAAAUUGAAUUUAAUGCAAGCAGGAGUUAAGUUCAUUUACAGGUUUUGAUGAGUUUUACAUGCUUUGAAAGGAGGGUGUUGGCUUAUUUUAUCACAAGCCCUGAAAGUAAAAGUUUGUAGAUGGAGGUGUUAAGCUCCUAGGUAUACCCAGGGGGAUUUUGGAGUAAACUUGCAGGGCCACAAAGUAAACUGAUGGCAGUUGGAACCUUUUUCACAAAAUUCAAUCAUUGUUUUGACAUUAGUUAAUAUUUGUUUGGUUGGGGGGGGGAAUUCUCCCUUUUGUAAUUUAGGGUCCUUAGAAUUCAGGUAUAAAAAAUUGUGAUUUUACUUGGCUACAGAUAUUUAACACCACUUAAUUAUGAUUUACAAAUUUGUUGGGAACGAAAGAUUAAGAAAAUGUAAGCAUUCUAACAUUUACUCUGAAUUUGUAAAUUGAAAUGUUUCUGCCAUCCCCUUUUUCCUAGUCCCAAAAUCACAACUGUAUGGUGAAAUUUUUUUGUUUUUGCAAUGCUGUUUUGGCACUGAAUUUUUUUAUUUUUUGUAUGUUCUGCUCCUAGCACUGAGUGAGCAGAUUUUUACUCACAAGCUCUAGUUGUCUAACACUCAAUUUCAUAUAUCAUUGAGCUAUAAUUGUAUUUGUGUCUUAUACAUCGGCACAUGCACUAUGGUGUAUUGUGUGUUUAUUUUUUUUUUUUUCUUUUGCUGUGCACUAAUCACAUGCAGUUAAAAUGUUCCCAUUUUAGUAUUUUUUUUAAUAAAUUGCACAAUUACCAUGUCAGUAUAAGCCACAAAAGAAGGGACUUGUCGCAUAGUACUUUACUGAAGAAAUGGCUAGGCCUUGUUCUGAAGCACACAAGCCCAGUUUGAAAUUCCAUUUAAGUAUAUAAUUCAAUUUUAAAAACAAUUUGUAACCCACAGCACACACUUGGAGAGGUCAAAGAGCUAAUUCAUCUUGUUUCAGUCUUAUGAGCAAUCAUAAAACAUCUGCGCAACAACAAAUAAUUGAACUGGGAUGUAACAUGGGUGAAAUUUUCACAAAGGGAAUGAAAUUUUCAGGCUACAUGUUUGUGUAUGAGAAAGUCUUUUAAAAAA